GUCCAAAGUGCUCAGCCCCCAGGGCACAGCCGGACAUUUGGGGGCCUUCUUUCAGCAGGGGACAGCCUGAUUGGGGACAAUGGCAUCUGUCGGCCACAUCUUGGUUCUCUGCGUGGGUCUUCUUGCCAGAGCCAAUGCAGAAGCGCCACAGGAACACGACCCAUUCACCUAUGACUACCAAUCCCUGCGGAUCGGAGGCCUCACCAUCGCCGUAAUCCUCUUCAUCCUGGGCAUCCUCAUUAUUCUCAGCAAGAGAUGCCGAUGCAAGUUCAACCAGCAACAGAGAACUGGGGAACCCGAUGAAGAGGAGGGAACUUUCCGCAGCUCCAUCCGCCGUCUGUCCACCCGCAGGCGGUAGAAACACCUGGUGCCAUGGAACUCGGCCAGGAUUCCCCUGGCACCUGAUGCGUCCCACCCACCUCCUGCUCACCUGCCACCUAGACUGCCCCCUUUCCCAGCCCU